CAAAUGUCAAACCAAAAAACUAACCUCUUUCUGUAGGUACAUCUCGUUUUACACGUGUUGGUUUACAAACAUUAAAAUUAUUCGUUUAGUUCGUUAUUAAUUUACAAGUUAAUCACAAUACGCUGUGUAUAGAACGUUCAGUGCAGUGUUCGAACUUUAAUUCAAGGAAUCAACAUGACGGACGUGCUACCGCCGGGUACCGAAGUGUUUACAGAGAAGAAGAAAAAGAAAAAUAAAGAUGCGGUGACCCUUGGCGCGUUCCAGAAGCUGGGAGACUUCAAGAUCGAGCCUUCGGAGAGCGUUACUAAGCUGGAUACAGCCUACUGGCCUUUAUUAUUGAAGAAUUUCGAUAGACUCAAUGUGCGCACUAACCACUACACGCCGCUUCCUUUUGGCAGUUCGCCGUUAAAACGCUCGAUUUCUGAAUACGUUAAAUCCGGCUUUAUCAACGUCGAUAAACCUAGCAACCCAAGCUCCCACGAAGUCGUUUCAUGGAUAAAAAGGAUACUAAAAGUUGAGAAGACGGGCCAUUCCGGAACCUUGGACCCUAAGGUUACCGGGUGCUUAAUUGUGUGCAUAGACCGAGCUACGCGGCUGGUCAAGUCCCAACAGAAUGCUGGUAAGGAGUACGUAGCUAUUUUUAAUCUACAUUCAGCUGUUGAAAACAUCCAGAAAGUCACUCAAGGCUUGGAGAAGUUGCGUGGUGCUUUGUUCCAGCGUCCGCCAUUAAUAUCUGCUGUAAAACGUCAGCUUCGGGUUCGCACAGUUUAUGACAGCAAGCUACUCGAUUAUGACCAGGAACGUAACAUAGGCAUCUUCUGGGUUAGUUGCGAAGCUGGUUCGUAUAUACGUACCAUGUGCGUCCAUUUGGGAUUGAUGCUUGGAGUCGGUGGACAGAUGAUAGAGCUGCGACGAGUAAGAUCUGGCAUAUCUGGUGAGAAAGAAGGUAUGGUGACGAUGCAUGAUAUUUUAGACGCCCAAUGGGCUUAUGAAAACCACAAAGAUGAAACGUAUCUACGUAGAGUUAUUAAACCAUUGGAGGGUUUAUUGAUCGCUCAUAAAAGGAUCUUUAUCAAGGACAGCGCUAUUAAUGCAGUUUGUUAUGGGGCAAAGGUACUCUUACCUGGAAUUCUAAGGUACGAAGAUGGAAUAGAAAUUGAUCAAGAAAUUGUCAUAGUCACAGCAAAAGGGGAAGCUGUGGCGUUAGCUAUAGCGCUUAUGACAACAUCAACAAUGGCAUGCUGUGACCAUGGAGUUGCAGCGAAAUUAAAAAGGGUUAUUAUGGAGAGGGAUACCUACCCUCGCAAAUGGGGGUUAGGACCAAAAGCGUCUCAAAAGAAGAUGUUAAUUCAACAAGGGAAGCUGGAUAAGUUUGGCAAACCCAAUGAGAAUACUCCGAAGGAAUGGCUGAACAGCUACGUUGAAUAUAAAGGUCAGAAAAAGACAGAAAAUGGAGAGGGUACAGUGGAAGAAGGUGGUAGGAAAAGAACAGCAAGCACAGCAAAUGCAGAAGAUCCUAAUGAUUCAGUAGAAGCGAAAUCGGAGAAGAAAAAGAAGAAGAAGAAGCGUGACACCGAAGCAGAAGCAGACACAACAGUAGAAGCAGAGCCAGUAGCAGAGUCAUCAGAAGCGAACGCAGAUGGCUCUGUACGUAAAGAGAAGAAAAAGAAGAAGAAGAAGGACAAACACCAAGAAAAAGAAGAACAGUGAAUAUAUAUGUAGAAGUAAAUCUUGUUGUACAUAAACUAAACAUGAAAUAAAUGUGAUCUAAAGUUUA